AGUGGAUAUUUUGUGUCUCUUUGUUUUUUUUUUUGGGUUCUCUCGUAGCGAAGCUUUUCUCAGCUCUCCUCCUCUGCAAUUCACAGGAAAGAAGCAAUUUUGAUGAAAUUUGUGGACUUGUUUGCAAAAAAAUUGGGCUUCUCUACUCCCAUUCUCCACUAGAUCCAUUUUCCUUUUCUUGGUUCCUUACAACAGAGGCUACAAUGGCUGCUGCUUCUAUGAAAGGUGUGAGCUUUACUGGUUCUUAUGAAGUUGGAGUAGAAGUAAAGGAAAAGAAAUUUAAAUCUUCGGAGGGGUUGGCUUGUAAAAACGAGCUGAAGGGAAGGAAGGUUUUGCUCAGAGAACAGAGUGGCUCAUUUGCAUCUUGGAACCCCAAAACCCAAUCAUGUUCAUCCAUUACUGCGCAAUCUUCGAUCUAUAUUCCGCGAACAAAUAGAUGGUGGGAGAAAAGCAUGAAGCCUAACAUGAUAGAGAUCACAUCAGUACAAGAUCUCGUCGAUUCGUUGCGAAGCGCUGGAGAUAAACUCGUUGUAGUCGGCUUCUAUUCUCCUAGUUGUGGAGGUUGCAAAACUCUGCAUCCUAAGAUAUGCCAACUUGCCGAGUCGAACCCAAAUGCAUUAUUCCUCACAGUCAAUUACGAAGAGCACAGAUCUAUGUGUUACACGCUUCACAUUUGCGUGUUGCCCUUCUUUCGUUUCUAUAGAGGCGCGCAAGGUCGAGUAUGCAGCUUCAGCUGCACCAAUGCUACUAUCUAUAAGUUCAAAAAGGCGUUGGAGAAUCAUGGGACCGAACGAUGCAGUCUCGGACCGGCGAAAGGCUUGGAGGAAUCGGAAUUGCGGAGCUUGGCUUCUAAUAAGGAGAUCCAAUAUAACUAUCCUUUGAGACCUCAUGAAGAUGAAGAUUUAGCUCUAUCUAAUUCAAGCUUUUCUGAUUCUCUAGUUCGAGGCAUUUAAGUUGAGGAAAGUAGAAUAAAUUAAGUCUUGUUAUUCUUAAAUUGGUCGUGGGUUGGGCCUCCCAUUUUCUUUUUUU